CCGAAACCACAAACCCUAACCCCUAACCCUACUGCUACCCCUAACCCCUAACCCCUGAAGCUAAACCUAACCAUAACGCUAAACUUAAGCACUAACCUAGCCCUACCCCUACACUAAGCCUUAACCCAACUGUAACUGCUAACACUAACCCUAACCCUUAAACCUAACCCCUUACCCUAAACCGUAACCCCUAACCCUAACCCCAAAACCAACACCUAACCCUAACACCUACUCUAAAACACUAACCUCUAACCCUAACAAUCCUUAGCCUAACACCCAAACCCUAACCCAUAACCCUGACCCUAAUCUUCUAUCCCCGAAACCCUAACCCCAAACCCUAACCCUAACAUCCUAACCUCAACCCUAAAACCCUGACCCUAACCAUUAAACCCUGACCCUAACGAUUAAACCCUGACCCUAAAUGCUACCCCUACCCCAACCCUGGACCAACCCUAACCCUACCCCUAAUCCUUCCCCUACCCCUAACGCUAACCCCAAACCCUAACCCCACCCCAACCCUAAAACUAACUUCUAACCCCUAAACCCUAACCCAAACCCUAACUCUACCCCAACUCUAACCUUUAUCCCUAACUCUAAUCUGUAGCCCUAACCCAAAACCCUAAGGUAACCUUCUAUAUGUUGGGAUUCGAGGCUUUGUAUUUAGGACGGGCGGGUGUUCUGCUGUCUCCCACUCACCCGCACGGGAAGUUCUUCUGUUGGUUCUUCACAACCAGUCAGGGUGCAUUGCGGCCUCCCCUGGCCGGUGAAGGGUUGGGUUCUCCCGAAAGCCUCGGCUCCUCCUCCCUCCUCCCAGUGCCCUCCAGGCCUCCCUGGUGGCCCCAGCGUGGCAGGGCCCGUGCAGAAGGGACCGUGGGCUUGUGGCCGGCAUGGGCCGCUGUGGGCAUGGAGCUCACGGGAACGCGGCCUAGGGGCAGGCUGCGCUCCUCUGCGCCAGCGGGAACAGCGGGCCCCGCGGGGGCUGCCACAGACGCGUCACUUGCUGGGGUCCGUGCACUCCCGCGGUGGCGUGGCCAAGCAGAGCCGCGACCCCGUGAGGUUGCCGGGGCCACGGCGCCUCGUGGAGUAGUCCGUGAGACACGCACAUUUCACAGGCAGCUGCUAAGUGGCACACGCGCACUGCUCACUCGUGGGGAGGGCCUCCAGAACCAGGGCCGGCCCCCUCGGAAGCCAGCACACAUGCGCGGGAGCACCCAGAACCGGGCCAAUCGCGAGCCUGGACGGCCGGACGUGGCCCUCGCGGGCUUUGUAACCCUCGAGCCUUUACGCAUGCGCACUAGCUGCCAGGCAGGCCGGCCGAACAUUACCUCACAUAUCCGGAGCGCGCGCGAGAGUGCAUUGCGCAGGCGCGCUGCCUGGAGUCCCGCCCCCUGCAGGGGUUGCUCCAAUCACCACUGGAGGCUCCCUCCCAAGCCACCCGCGCUGCUGAGCUGAGAGGAAAUGGCGGGGAGGUCUCUGGCGUCGAAGGCCGAGCCCACCGCCGGAGCCAUGGACGGGGCUGAGAAGGCCGAAGGGCAGGACACAUCCUCACAGAAAAUUGAAGACUUGAUGGAAAUGGUGAAAAAGCUGCAGAAAGUGGGAAGCCUAGAGCCCCGAGUUGAGGUCCUGAUUAACCGGAUUAAUGAGGCCCAGCAAGCCAAAAAGAAAGCCAAUGAAGACCUAGGAGAGGCCCGGACCAUCUGUGAGGCCCUGCAGAAGGAACUGGACUUGUUGCAUGGAGAGAAAGUACACCUGAAGGAGAUCUUGAGCAAAAAACAAGAGACCCUGAGGAUCCUCCGGCUGCAUUGCCAGGAAAAGGAAAGUGAGGCACAGAGGAAGCACACCGUGCUGCAGGAGUGCAAGGAGAGAAUUUCUGCUCUAAGCUUGCAGAUUGAAGAAGAGAAGAACAAACAGAGACAGCUGAGGUUAGCGUUCGAGGAACAGCUGGAGGAGCUGAUGGGCCAGCACAAGGACCUCGGGGACUUCCAUAGGCCAGAGCGGCUGGCAAGGGAGAUUUGUGCUCUGGACAGCAACAAGGAGCAGCUGCUCAAGGAAGAGAAACUGGUCAAGGCAACACUGGAAGAUGUGAAGCAUCAGCUGUGCUCCCUGUGUGGGGCUGAGGGCCCCUCCACCCUCGAUGAGGGACUCUUUCUCCGCAGCCAGGAGGCUGCAGCCACAGUGCAGCUGUUUCAGGAAGAGCACAGGAAGGCUGAGGAGCUCCUAGCAGCUGCUGCCCAGAGCCACCAGCAGCUGCAGCAGAAGUGCCAACAAUUGCAGCAGAAGCGGCAGAGGCUGAAGGAAGAGCUGGAAAAGCGUGGAAUGCAAGUCCCUGCCCAAGCCCAGAGCACACAAGAGGAAGAGGCUGGCCCAGGAGAAGUGGGUUCUGCCAGAAUAUGCUUCCUCAGGUAAGAAAUCAGCUGUGUGUGUAGAAUAGCUCAGAAUGGGAGAACUGUGCUGGUUCUCUACACUCUUAUUUGGAGCCGUAGUGUAGGAAUAUAAUAUAAACUGGGAUUCUUGUAUACCCUGCUGGUCAUGUAGACAUACUCUCACUGUAAAUUAGCUCCCAACAGAAGAUCUCCUGUGUUUUCGCCAAGACCAGGUGGAAACCUAUUUAAUAAUCAGUUUUACUACUACCAAUGGCAAUGGUGAUGAGAUGGUACCAACCACACCCAAACUCAACUUGGAUUCACUUAUUAAUUUGUAUAUUUGACACCUCAGUUAGGGGUCACUGCCAUGCAGGUACAUCUCAUUCCAGCAACAGAGCUCAGCCCAUUGCAUACCUGGUAGAACUAAUAGCCAGCUACAAAAAGCAAAAAUACACUUGAAAAUAAAUGCAGUAUUAUAAAAAUACCAUGUACCAAGGAAUUAAUGUAGCGACAGAUGUAUGUUAUUUCCCCAAAACAACUUUAGAGAAAAUUUAAAAGAUCUGAAUAAAUGGAUAGAAAGGUCAUGUUCAUUAAUGGAAACUCAUUACUAUAAAGAUGUCCUUCCUGCCUAAGGACAUAUAAGUCCAUUAUAAUUUCAAUAAAAUUUUGCAGAAAUCUCCUGUAUUCCAGACAUACUGUUCCUUAUGAAAGAGUAGUCCAAAUUCCACUCAGUAGUCGGGAUCAGCCACCCCAGCCAGUAACUCCCUCUUUGCUGGUGAUUCAGAGGCAUGAGUAGCCCAAAGUGGCCAGUGGCAGCCUUGCAGUUCAGUGGAAUCACUAGGGUGUCUGAGUGGAAGGAUUUCUUCCUUCAGAACUAAGACCUAAGAGCACAGUCAUGGGAACAGGAUACAAAACCUUUGCUCAUGGGUCACUAGGGGUAAUAAUGGGGAUACCACUCUCAUUUCUACCCUGUGAUUUUUGGACCUGUGAAUUAUGGCUACAAAAGAAACAGUACUCAAUAUUGGACACUGAUUCAGAGCAUAUACAGUCUUCUAGAGAAUCUUGUUCCAUCCCUGCAAGGUAUUGCCACCUAGCUAGUACUUUAGGUCUUCAAAAGGCCACUCCGUUAGUCUGUCAAACCAGCUGCUUCAGGGUGGUGGGGAACAUGGUAAGACAAGUUAAUUCCAUGAGCAUGGACCCAUUGAAGUGCUUCCUUUGCUGUGAAGAGAGUUCCUUGAUCAGCAGCAAUGCUGUGUUGUAGUACCGUGAUUGUGGAAAUGGCAUUCUGUAAGCCCACCAGUAGUAGUAAUGGCAGAAGCAUUGUCUGCAAGCAAAUGUGUAUACAGAUAUAUCCUUAUCAUUCAUUAUUCCUUCUGGAGUUGGAGUCACUACUGAUAAUAACCAAGGCACUAUACUAACCAUUUCACUUGUCAGGAUACACAAUGCUGGACUCUUGAAAGAGGCAUUGAAUAAAAUUUAAUUUCCCUGCUAGACCCAAGAUAGCUGAUUUAACAAAGAGGCAUAGUGGUCUCCUAAAACAACCCCUUUUCAAAUACCAGUUCAGCAAUGGAUCUCUAAAUAGGUCUCUGUCUUGCCACAAACCUUACUCUCUUAAUUGAAGGGUUUUUUGUAGACUCACACCUUAUACCAACUUGAAAAACCUUCCCAUCACACUUUCCUAUCUUUAAAGUGGGAUAUGUUUCAUCUCUAUGUAUACAAAGACUGCUUAUAAAUGAGGGCCUUUAAUAAUGUCUCCUAGCUUUAUGACAUUUUCUUCCUGUCCCCACCCCAUAAGGGCUAGAGGCCAGAUCCAUUAACUGUAGAACAUCCCAUGGACCAGGUAGCUGCCCAUCUGCAAUAGGACCCAUGUAAGCUUAACUUUCACUGUCUCUAAGUCCUUCCUGAAUAUUUCUCUUUUUUAAAUUUUUUUUUUUUUUUUUUUUUUUUUUUGGUAAGUUCCAGGGAACGUGUGCAGGAUACACAGGUUUGUUACAUAGGUAAACCUGUGCCAGGGUGGUUUGCUGUACCUAUCAACCCAUCACCUAAGUAUUAAGACCAGCAUGCAUUAGCUGUCUUUUCUGAUGCUCUCCCUCCCACCAUGUCAUCCCACCAUAGGCCCCACAGUGUGUUGUUCCUUUCCAUGCAUCUAUGUAUUCUCAUCAUUCAGCUCCCAUUUGUGAG